AUGUCAGCCCACCGUUCAUCAUCUACUUCGACCGCAAAUACACAAGCAAGCUCUUCAAACAGCAGCUCGCUGCGUUUCCGUGGUGAUGCAGUUAGUUUUGCACCAAGUUUUCAACCUUACCAAGCACAAGCACAGUUUGCAUCUCCGCUCAUACCACAGGGACUGCCUCAUUAUGCAAAUACACAUGGUGCACCUCUUCAAUACCCUUACCAACAUCCCCAACAACAAACCCCUAGACAACACAUGGCAGCAGCAGCAGCAGCAGUCCCUCCUCAAUCCCACUAUUAUGUCCCUUAUGGUACUCCGAGCUAUCCCAUGAUGACUCCUCAUAUGUACCACCUUUACAUGCAAGACAUGUAUCUGCCGCAUCCUUCACUGCAGCCUUAUAUGAUUCCACCAGCGUUUGCCCCGCAAUCGCAUAUGCCUCAACCCAUGCCGCCACCGAUGCCACAUCAACAGUUUUCUCCGGUACAACAUCCCCAGAAACCUGCAAAACAGAAUCAUAAUAAUAAUCAUAACCAAAAUCAUAAUCAUAAUCAUAAUCAUAAUCAAAAUUAUAACCAAAAUCAAAAUCUGCAUCACCAUCUGCAAACCAGAUUACAUCUGCAUAAUCAACAGCAUCUGAAUCACCAGUUUGCAAAUGAUAAUAAGAACACCCCGCAGCGCACUAGUACUGACUUGCCAAGUGUUGUCAACGACAAUGACAAAAAUGGCAAUUCGUUACCUGUGCCCUCCCCAUCUCCAUCCCGAUCUUCGUCUCCGGCUCAGCAACAAAUACAACCACAGGGUUCGAGUAAGGGAAGUCGGAAAAAUUCGGUGCCAAGUACACAGGUUCCUGAAUCGUCCAAAGAGAAUGUAUUAAAUGGUAGUAUAGAGGAGAAGACCUCUGAAGAAGAUGAAAAAGGGGAAAAAGAAAAAAAAGAGGAAAAAAAGAAGAAGGAUGUAAAUGACAUUAUUACUACCACUGCUGCUGCUGCGACCAAAACUUCCAACUCUGAGACUCUGCGUGUUUUGCCACUAUAUGUUAAUAUUAGCCGUACUGAGUUUUCAAGUAUAUUCCCCAUGACAGAACAAACCCGUUUUAUUGACAAUAUCACUAGAUUGAACAGGUUGGCUGAUGGUGUAAAUGAUACGCAAAAGUUCAUAUUGAGCACUGGUUUUGUCAAUUACGUUGAUGCAAAUGGUACAAGCAAACUUAUCACACCCAACAAUGGUGUUGGAGCUGGCUCGCAACCCAAUAAAAAACUGUCAGAACAGACAAAGCAAAACUCACAAGAUGCAACUGUGAACAACAAUUGGGCAUCGAUCUUACAAUCGACUGCGCAGGCAGUUACACAGAAGAAGACCAUUAAGAAACCAUUGGGAUCGGCUGUGCCUGCAUCAUCAUCAUCAUCAUCAACAACAACAACAACAACACCUUUUUCUUCAUCUUCUUCUUCGUCUUAUUCCCCUUCGUCGUCAUCCUCUUCUUCUUCUUCAUCAACAAUCACCCCAAAUUCUAAACAGACAGUACAAACCACAUCCGUCCUGCAUUCAAGGGUUACUAGUGACGUGAGCAAUUUUUCAUUUGUUGAAAGUGAGCUGGCACAACCUUUGGGUGUCUUACUACUCAAAAUUAUGUUUGAUAAAAAAUAUUCCAUCUUCAAUAAUUUCCCCACUUUUGACGUUAAACCAAAAGGUUUGACCAACACGGGUAACAUUUGCUUUAUGAACUCCAUAUUGCAGAUAUUACUCUACUGCCAGCCGUUCAAUAGACUCUUGAAAUUAAUUGAGACAAAAUCCAUCAGUGAGUUGGUGAAUUCCUCGCUGCCUUUGCUUGAUGCAACAAUUAAGCUUUUUAAUGAUUUCAAACCAGUGCACAGUGACAGCAGUAAUGGCAGUAUCAACAAUGGCAAAGCAGCAGUUCCGAUCGAGCCUUUUUACCACGCUUUGUCAAAACAUAGCAAAUUCUCUCAUUUGAGAUGGGGACAACAAGAAGAUGCCGAAGAGUUUUUAGGUUACUACCUUGAUGCGCUCAAUGAAGAGUUUUUGACAGCUUUGCGCAGGCUAAACACUUCACAAGUAGAUACACUUAUCCAAUCUUAUUCUCAAGAGGAUAGUCAUGAGCUUACAAAAUUCAAAUAUAAUGUGAAAACUUGUAUACGCAGAAUUAAAAAGGAAAACGAUGGUGAAGAUGAAGAUGAGUGGAAUCAAGUUGGGGCCAAGAAGAAUGUAACCAAAGUUGAAGUUGAACCAACACCCUUGAAUAUGAUCUUUGGUGGUGAAUUCAAAUCGAUCAUUACCAUACCAAAAGGCUCGUCUUUUCAAAAAUCAAUUACAAUUGACCCCUUCCAGCAAUUACAGCUCGAUAUUUCCCAAUCAGAUAGUAUUGACGAUGCGUUUUUGCAUCUUAACGAGGUAGAAUCUAUUUCAUACAUGAGCAAUAACAAUUCGGAGUUGCAAGUGAAGAAACAAACGUUUGUUUCAAAGUUACCCGAGGUCCUAAUCAUACAUUUGAAGAGGUUUAGUUAUCUGAAGGACCAAGAGGUUGCGAUUGAGAAGUUGAAAAAAUUAGUCGCAUACAAUCACAAAUUAUCUGUACCUUCCCAGAUUCUUUCCGCUGAGGCACAAGCUUCAGUGAGUACGUACCAGUUGUCAUCGGUGGUAUAUCAUCAUGGUGCUAAUGCAGAUACCGGUCACUAUACUAGUGACAUUUACGACUAUGAGCUGAAACAAUGGUGGAGAAUUGACGACACUAUAGUCAAUUCGAUUAAAGCUAACGAAGUUUUGAAUUCCGGUAAUGAUGAAAACAGUAAAAAUGCUUACAUUUUGGUUUAUGAAAAGAUUUAA